AUGUACUGGAGAUCAGACGAAUGGCAAGAGGAAAUUUAUCCGGCUUGUGAACAGCUAUCUCUUCCAGAAGGUCUAUUGAUAUCGCAGAACACAAGUUUUGGGUCCCAAUUCAUUAGUCGAAGCAUUUUUCAACAGAAAUGUUAUAAACAUUCUGUUCCUAUGCUAAAUACUAAUAAUGGAUUGAUGUUAAAUAAGUUUGCAGGUCUUUUACCGAUAGCUGAGCAAACAUGGCAUGAUUUUACGGGCAAUAGUUCUAAAGGAUCGUUUGCGUACAGCGUGGUACCCGUUCUUUACUCGAUAUCGAUUCUGGCGGUGAUAACGUGGUUUUUGAACAUAUUUGUCAUUACCAAUUAUACCAUUAAGCCAUCAAUAUUGUUGAGGGCUUCCACUACUUUGUCUUCUAUAUAUUUGUUGAUAACUGUCAUUAUGGCGAUCAUUGAGCUUCAUAAACAGCAGAAACAGGGGUUCUUGCAUGGAACUAAGCUCUUUGAUUGUAUAAAUUCAAGCUUGGCACUUAAUAUCAUAGACCUUAUAGUUGUGUUUUUGCUACAGAUCAAUCAAGUGCAGAUCAUUAUGCGUAUCUUUCUGAGGCAAAAAGAUAAGCGGUUGACAUUCUUUGUUGGAAUAUUUGCAUCUAUCACAUCACAAGUUUUGUGGGCGAUAACUCGAUUCCAUUCAUUUUCCGACGAUAGUGAAGCUGGUGACAUCCUACCUGCGUUUCAAUAUCUAGUGAGGAUUGCUAUGGGUGUUUGCUACGCUGCUUUAGUUUCUGUGUUUGUAUUGAUGAAAAUCAAUUAUAUAAUAGCCAACAAGAAAAUAUGGCUUAUAACAUUACUAACAGUUAUAUUAAUUUAUGGGCCUGUUGCGUUUUUCAUAGCGGAUGUUUCGAAUGCUUGGGUUUUUGAGUUAUCUGAAAUUUUCUCGGUUGUUACAUACGAUAUUUGUGUUGUAAUACCUUGGGAAUGGUGUAAUAAAUACAAUAGCAUAAUGAAGGCAAAAGAAAAGGAAGGUGUUCUAGGAAGAAAAUUUUAUGAAGACGAGUUAUACGAGCUUGAUAGGUUCGAGCUAUUUGUUGAUGAAGAAGAUGAAGAUCACGAAAAUAAUAAUAAUGAAAAUGACGACGAAAGUGGCAAUGAAAAUGACAAUGAAAGAGGAAAUAAUGAUCACAAUAAUAGGCACGGACUCUCUCGAAAUGGAGAAAAUACUCAUAAAGGGUACCGGCCUGUAAACUUCGAUGGUAAUGAUAAAGGUUUCGGAUCCAUAUUCGAAACGUAUAGAAGAACAAAAGAAACAUUUUUAAAUAUAACGGAUCAUGUCAUUGCAAAAGGGUUGGCUAUUCCUAGGUCAGCCAGUGUUUUCACAGGAACACCUGUUAGUGCACAUAAUGAUGAAGUAUUUCGUAUGGAUAAUUUGAACCAUAAACGUGAUGAUCCGGCGGAUAUGACUCUUGAGAAUCAGGAGGACCAUAGAAAUACCAACCGCAAUAACACUAUUAGAUUCGCUAGUAAUAGUGACAUACAUAGAACCAACAAUUCUACCGCGCAAAAUAGGAGAGAUGUAUUUGUUUAUUCAACAAGAGAGGUAAUAAUUGAUGCAUCCGAUACUGAAACAUAA